AUGUACCUCCCGCGCCCGUUGAUCUCACACCUCUAUACAAACCUCAUCCGCUCUUACCAUCCGCUCUCUCCUCCCGUCCUGCUUCUGGUUGCUCUCGAACCUGAUUCAUUAUGCGCGUGCCGCAUCAUAACAGCGCUGCUCAAGCGCGACUACAUCCCUCACAAGAUACAGCCGGUCUCGGGAUAUGCAGACCUGUCCAAGGCCGGCGAAGAACUGGUGCGGCCCAUGAAAACUACAGAGGGCGGUAGUGGUGGCCUCGUCAUCUGUCUCGGUGUCGGAGGACUAGUUGACCUAGGGGCUCUUCUAGGUUUAGAGGGCGAAGAGUCGAGUGAGACAAUGUGCGGAGUCGAAGUGUGGGUGCUGGAUGCAAGAAGACCGUACAAUCUGGACAAUGUCUUUGGCGGGCAACCAAUUGAAGCACCUUUGGGCGACAUCAUCAACGAAGCGAGACCACGCGCUCGGGGAGUGGAGAAAGGAUGCAUCCAAAAAUCCUAUAAGUCCGGCAAGGGUGGCAUAAUAGUCUUUGAUGAUGGAGACAUUGCUGGCGACCUAGAAACAGAGAGAAACGCGUACUGUGCGCUGGCAGAAAUGCCUCAGGUCGAUCAAGAUGAAAGCGAUGGUGAUGAUGAAAGGGAAGAAGAGGAAGGAGCUCAAGACAGCUCGUCAUCCAGAAAACGGAAGUCCUGGUCCGAUCGCGAUAAGGAAGGUGAAGACAGCGAAGGAGACGAAGAAAGACCGCGUCAACGACGGAGGAGCAACUCAGGAUCCUCUAUUGGGUCCCCGCGAAGCCGAAGUCCUUCUUCCUCUCAACCAGUGUCACCAGCGUCCAAACCACAGUCACCCAAACCACAGACAGCAAUACAGCUACGCAGACGACUACGAAAGUUACGGGAGGAACAUGAAUCGGUGCUCAGGCAAUACAGCAGUUUAGGUACUUCCUACUCUGAGCCAGUCUCCACUCUGGCGUAUUCUCUGGCGUCAGACCUGGGGCGCGAAGACAAUGACAUCCUGUGGCUUGCUAUCAUUGGCGUCACCUCGCUCGAGUUGUCUGGCCACACAUCGACCGGUCUUGGGACAGAUGUUUCAAGAGAAAUGGCCCUCCCACAUGAGCAGCACAGAGGAUGGCGGACAACGCGGUCUUCCCAAACAUAUGCUCUACUCCGCGACGAGGUCAGACGUCUGAAUCCCCCACCAGCCGAUCAGUCACCUGCAAUAUCACCCGGUACUGGCGGCUCAAGUUCACCCAGCGACACCUCCAUCCGACUGACACCGGAUCCGCGAUUUCUUCUUCUAAGGCAUUGGUCUCUAUAUGACAGCAUGAUGCAUUCCCCUUAUCUUGCCUCUCGAUUGCAUAUCUGGAACGAAUCCGGUGUCAAGCGACUGCACAAACUCCUUGCCAAGAUGGGGGUGUCUUUGACUCAAUGCAAACAGACUUACACACACAUGGACAUGGAUCUCAAGAAAACGCUCCGUGACCGCCUUCUGAAGUAUGCUGGCGUCUAUGGCCUCGACGGCCUUGUCCCUUCUGGGUCAGGGCGAGCAGCGUACGAACAAGAAGGAUGGGGCUUCAUCCGCUCCUGGGGCUGGAAAGCCCAACUCUCGGCCGUCGACGUGGGUGUCAUACUGGGAGCAAUACUUGACGUCGGCAUAAAUAACAUGUCAACUGUCUCGACAAUGUCCUCCUCUUCGACGUCAUAUGCAACUUCCUCACAACAAACAAGCACCUCUGAUGACAUUCCCGAGCGCUCGGAAACACUGCUCCCACGCUUCUUCGCCGCUUAUGAUGCCCUCGCGCCAAACCAUCCCACACAUCUCCUCACGGCCAUCCCGGCAGCGCAGCAUCUUCUGCGCUCAAUCCUUCGCACCGGCUCUUCCUUGCUGAUGAAACACCAGAUCCGCCAUUUACGUGCUUUUCGUAUGGGCGUCGUCAAAGAAGGACCAGAUCUGGCCCUUUUUGCGAACAGUCCCGGAGCGUUAGUAAAGUUAGCGUUGUGGGUCGGUGAAGCGAUUGCGGUGAGUGAGAGAGAUAAAAGUGGCAGAGAACCGCCAACACCAUUGGUUCUUGCAGCAUUGGAUGAGGCGAGAGGGACGUACAUUGUUGUGGGCACCGGUGGAGGAGUUGGUGGCGGAGAGGAUAUCGAAACAAGGAAGGAGAAGGAGGAACGACGGAAAAGGAGAGAGGAACAAAGGGAGAAGAAGAGGAAGAUCAGAGAGGAGAAACGCGCCGCCCGAAAGGCACAAAGGGAAUUAUUGGGCGACGACUCUGAUGCCGAGGAGGAAGACACAGAAUCUGAAUCAGAGCCUGAUUCCGAGUCGGACGACGACCAAGAAGACGAAGCAGAACAAGAGAGGAGACGCAAGCGAGGAUAUGGCCACAAUCGGUUUGGUAUUGCUUUUCAAGAGGUUGUCGGGGAGACGAACGCGCGGGUCAGGAUUGAUUCCUUUGAUCACUGCCUAGUAGAGGUGAAGAAGGAGGAUCUCGCCGGGUUUCUGGAGGGUCUGAGUCUGAAGGCUGUUGUUGGACGUUGA